CCAGAGGGGCGGGGCCAGAGGUGGGUGUGUGUCUCUCAGCUGAUGCGCGUAUUAACCGACCGACUCCAUCAUCAGCAUCCGACGCUGACAGCAUCGAAGACAGCAUCCCUAAUAGAAGCGAGCCACGGCCAGCGGCGCAGGAUCAUUCAGAACCUGGCCGAAAAGGACUGUGACGCUACCAAACUGUUUUGUAGGGCUGCCAUCUUACAAACCGCCCAGCUGCAAAAUAGUGAGUAGCCUUUGAUGAUGGACCGCCAGGAUGCUACAAUCGUGUGUGUCCCCCCACUACCUGCAUUAGGUUGUGAUGACCCACACUACUUCCAAAUGUUUCUGUGACCCUCCCAAAUCCUGACUCCUAACCUCUAAUCCCUGACCUUUGACCUCCACUAUGGGCAGUGUUGGCAGUGGGGUGGCAGGAGAGCAGGAGUUUGCCAUGAAGUCCGUUGGCACCAGGACCACCCUGCCCAGAGCUCCUCCUCUCUCUCGCCGUUGCCCUGCCGACCGUAGCUGCAGUGCGGAGCGGCUGCCGCGCCCCCCAGCGACUAUAUCAGACGGGACGGCCUCUAGCGAUGAACGAGGAAGUGUUAGUAUCGGGACUGGGACCUGCACUGGAACUGACCGGCCUACAGAGACCAUCUCCUCCACCAACACUGAAUGUACCAUGACCGCCCCCUCCAACAACAACCAGUUGGACUGUGGCAAUGCAGCCGGCAGAAGGGACAGGGAGUGGGAGAGGCAGCGUGAAAGGGGCAGAGACCGGGAUCGGGACCGAGACUGGGACCGGGAGAGGCUAGAGAGGGAGCGCGAGAGGGAGAGGAACCGGGAGAGGGAGCGAGAACGGGUGGAGAGGGAGAGGCUGGAGCGGGAGAGGGAACGGGAGCGGGAGAGGGCCAGGGAGAGGGAACGGGAGAGGAUAGAGAGGGAGAAGAUAGAAAGAGAGAGGGAACGAGAACGGGAACGAGAGAGGGAGCGGGAGAGGGAGAGGCUGGAGAACGAGAGGAUGGAGAGGGAGAGGGAGCGGGAGAUGCACGCGGCCGGCCUGGAUGUUUGUGGGAACAUUGUGGGUCGAGGAGUGAGCGAGAAGACCAGUGUUGGCGUGAACCACCACCAUAACAGAGAGAUGGCCGCCGCCAGAACUGACAGUGAAAACAAUCUGGCUAGCCAUAACCCUCCAAACCACAACCCACCCAAGAUCAUGGCGGUGUCAGGAAAACUGGAGCAGGCAAUGCAGAGCAGCUCUGGUCUAGUUCGUCCAUCUGCCUUCAAGCCAGUGGUUCCUAAAAGCUUCCACUCCAUGCAGAACCUGGUGGGCCAGGCGGGAGGGGCCGGGGGCGAGGGAAAGGCUGAGGCCAGAGGUGAAGGGUUUGCAGAGGGCAGAGUAGGUAGGAGAGGCAGAGAUGGAGGAGGAGGAGGAGCAGUAGACCCAGGGGAGGUGCCAGAGGCCCUACUCCUGGACCAGGACAGUCCAGUUAGGGUGAGCAGGAGUGAAGGAGGGGGGAAUAGUAUUGAAGUGGUUCAGGGAGGGAUGUCAGAUUCCGGGAGAAACUCCCUGACCAGCCUCCCCACUUACACCGGCUCGGGGUCAGGUUGUGGGCCCCCUGCAGUCCUGGGGCCGCUCAGUGCUUCAACCAGCCACAUCAACAGGUUGGGCAUGGCUGGGGCAGCUGCAGGCCUGGACAAGCUGGAGAAACCCGGCUACCAGAAUGGACUCAGUGCAUCAGACAGUGGGCGGUCUUCCUCUGGGAAGAGCUCCUCCUCCUAUCAGAGGCUGAGCCACCUGAGCGACGCCCCAGGACCUCUGCGCCCCUCUCCCUCCUCUGAUGACAUCAUCCAGGACCUGGAAGACCGCUUAUGGGAAAAAGAGCAGGAGGUGCAGCACAUGCGCAGGAAUUUGGACCAAAGUGAGGCUGCGAUCAUUCAGGUGUUUGAGGAGAAGCAGCGUGUUUGGGAGCGACAGAUGGACGAGCUGAGGCAGAACUACGCUUCACGUCUGCAGCAGGUUACCCGUCGAGCUCAGCGCUCCCAGACUGCUCUGCAGGCCCAAAUAACUCGCCUGUCCCAGGACAAGAGGAGGCUGCAGGAGGAGAUGGCCGCUCUGCUGGCUCAGAGAGAGGAGCUGGAGAGAAAGUGUCUGGAUUACAGGAAGGAGCAGGCUGACAUCCUGCCUCGUCUGGAGGAGACCAAAUGGGAGGUGUGUCAGAAAGCAGGUGAGAUCUCGCUGCUGAAGCAGCAGCUGAGAGAGAGCCAGGCGGAAGUGACCCAGCGAGCUGGAGAGAUGGUGGCUCUGAGAGGGCAGCUGAAGGAGCUCAACGCUCAGCUGAGAGAGCGGGAGGAGGUCAUGCUGGGUCUGAAGGACUCCUACAGCUCCAAGUGUCUGGAGCUGGAAAAGUGUGAGGGAGAGCUGAGGAGGACUCUGUCUGAGGUGUCCAUCCUGAGAGAGAAGCUGGGAGUAUUUGAGGCGGAGGUGCUCAGCUUAAAGCGUGCUCUGAGUGAAGUUAGCAGAGGAGCAGAAGUCGUCGUGAGCCCAAACUUAGCUGCGGCGGGGCUGCUGCCACCGUGGGGAGCUGUGCACUGCCCACGAAACCCCUCUGAGCCCUCGACUAAUUCCCUCACCCCCACUUCUGACACCCUGCUCAGUCUACAGAGCGAUGAGGCCAAGGCUCAGAGGCAGGAAGCUCAAAGACAGGAGAGGCAGCAGCGUGAAGAGGCUCAGUGGCGGGACGUGCAGCAGCAGCAGCAGCGGCAGGACGCCCACAUGCAGCAGGACAUUCAAAUGCGUCAGGAUGCGCAGAUCCGCCAGGAGGCUCACCUCCGUCACGAGGCGCAAAUUCGCCAGGAAGCACAGCUUCGCCACGAGGCCCAAAUGCGACAAGAGGCCCAUUUACGCCACGAGUCCCAACUGUGCCAGGAUGUCCACCAGCCCCAGAGGGUCCAGGAGGGUCACUGGGACGAAGCUGGAGAGCUGCGCCGGCAGCUAGAACAGCUUCAGGCUGCGCUACGCCUGGAGCGGCAGCAGCGAGAGCGACAGGCCCUCAACUUUGACCAGGAGCGCCACACGUGGCAGGACGAGAAGGAACGCGUUUUGAAAUACCAGGCACAGCUGCAGCUUAGCUAUGUGGAAACACUGCAGAAGAACCAGGCUCUGGAAAAACGCAUGAGCCAGCUGGGAUCCAAACAAACCACAACCUCCACCACCACCACCAUCACCACCACCACCACCUCCCCCACGUCCUCCAACUCCCCACCUCAUUCACAAGCUCUGUCACCCCUGUCUCCUCAGCUGCCUCCUUCCCUUUCUGGUCCAUCUCCUCUUUCUGGUCCACCCUCCCUUUCUAGUCCUCCCUCCCUUUCUGGUCCAUCCCCACUUUCUGGCCCACCAUCUCUUUCCGGUCCCCCCUCUCUAUCUGGUCCCCCCUCCAUUUCUGGUCCACCAUCUCUUUCCGGUCCUCCCUCCCUCUCUGGCCCCUCUUCCCUCUCCGGCCCGAUCGCCCUGACCCUCUCCCCACCUUGUGAAGACCAAAAGGGCCCUCCUUCUCUCCACCAGCUCGCCCCUCCCUGGGCAGGACCCUCGCGCCUGGAGAGGAUCGAGUCAACGGAGAUUUAGAAACAGCUCUAUGAAGAAAACAAGUGACAAGGCCUCUCAGCACUUCAACAUGUAAAGACAAAAGAAACAUCAAAAUAUAUCAGUUCAGUCUGAACUACUUUUUAAAACAACUGUAGAAACUCAAAACAAUAAGGGCCAACUGUUAAAAAAAUAAUCACUUAAAUAGAAAAAUGUCUAAAAUAUUUCAAGCUCCUUUUAUUAGCUGCAUCUUACAUCCUCAGUAUUCAUGGAUUCCAUGAUGGAUUUAGGGAAAUGUUUUAAAAGACAGCACUUACAUAUGUAUUAUUUAAUGUCCGCGCUAGAAAAGAACAAAGACAAUCAGGGAUAUUGUCAGAAACGAUCAAUGAAAACAUAACACAGUAUUUAUUUAUUGUAUGUUUGUGUUACUGGUUAUGUAAAAGUAGAAUUAGUGGUCAGAGUGUGUGAUGUUAGCUUCCAUUUUUGGCCAGACAGCGCCUUACUCAAUUUUUCCCGGCAUGUAUUAGUGAAUAAUUAAUGCUGGGAACACAUGAAAUAAAAAAAAAUGAUGUGAAUAAUAUUUUAGUGCUUUAAUUAUAUUAAAAAAUAAGGUUACCCAUUACUGAUAAAGGAUGCUGAUCUCAAAGGGCACAUUUUCACUGAUUCCUAAUUUAGUUUUCAAGGCAUUUCAUGCUCAGGGUCAAACAUAAAUGACCUAACACAUUAUUAGCAGAGUUUAUAUUUUCUACUUUUGAACUUACAUAGGUAUAUUUAGCCAAUAUUCAGCCCUAACUAAAUAAAAAGUCAAUUUUGGACAUUUAAAAAGUUCUGCUUUUAUUUUAUAUUAUAGUGACUGGAAAUGACCACUAGAGGGCGCCAAAGCUCCAUUAAAGCUUUCCCAGCUCACUUUUAAUUAGAACCUGAAAGGACACAAAAAUUGAAAGAUAACUAUAAUUGUGUCCUUGUGCUUUGCUAACCAAGAAAUUUCAGAGAGCUGUCCCUAUCCCCAAAGUGAAAGAAAAUCAUAGAAUGUAUAUUAUACUAGGAGAAAAAAAUACUUAUAAUAGUUAUAGAUUGUAAAUGUGUGUGUGCAUGUGCGAGUGAACAAGAGGAAGUGUGUGCCAGCAAGUGUGUGCAUGUGUCUACACAUAUGUAAAGCUUCAGCUUAUGAGAUUGAGGAUAGAGGGACUAGUGGCAAUACAAGGGGAGAUAUAUUUAAAAAAAGGAAGGGGGUUUUAAGUACAUAAAAAUGUACAUCAAAGCUUGUAAGACUGAAAUAUUUAAUUGGGAGUGUGUGUAUAUCUUGGAAGAUACUUUCUUCUAUCUAGUUAAUUUAAACACAGAAGGUGAGAAAAAAAAGUAUUAAAAAAAUCAGAGCGCAGAGUCUGCCUUUUCAAGGGGAACAUUCAGGAUCACUGCGAUACGUAGUGUCCUUCACCCAGGUUAUGAUUUACAGUAGAAUCCAAUGUGAAUAUCAUGGCUUUUAUAUGUGUUGUUUAUGCCAGCAUAAAAAAGAUAUUGCUCAAGAAUAUUAACUUAUCUUUAAAGUAUUACAUAGUAUUAUCAUCUUUAUUACUGUUAUUAUAUUAUGGUGAACUGACAGCGAAAAUAUGUGCCAUUUGAGCUUUCCUUUAUGUGUUUUUUAACUGUGUAGAUAGCCUGUUGGCUUACCAUAAUGGUGCAAUCAUAGCAACCUUGUCCAAAAAUGAUGUUCCUUUUGAUGUAGGUGAUGUAGUUACAGUAUUGCAUUGUUUAGAAAAACAAAAUACCGCAGAUUUUAUACAUGUUUUAAAAAAUAUUGUUUGCAUUUAUGUUACUAGUAUUUUUCUGGCUUAAUUCAAUCUACUAAUUUGUUAAAAUUCCACAGAACUAAUAAAGAUAUGUGAAAAUUUCACCU